UACACAUUUUUCUUUAAAUUCUAAAUAUUCUUCCUAAUAAUAACUCACCCUGUAUAAUAAAUGAUGUAAGGUCUCAAUUCAAGAUGGAUAAAUAUAAUAAUGAACGAGAUUAACGAAUAAAAUAGAAAGAUAAAAAAAUUAAUAAGUGUUAAUCAUAUUAAUUAAUAUAAUUAUUCCAAUAAUAAAUAAAAUCAAGUUCAAUGUAACUCAUUUUAUCUCCACAAUUGUUUAUAGAUAACAUUUUUGUGAUAUAGUUCCUGAAUGGGGAACAAAAACCGUUUUCUAGUAAAAAAAAGAUAUUUAGUAGACUAGUUUAAACAACUUACGUUGUUAUCAACGUCUUUAUUGUUCCUUAUCUAAGACGGUUCUUGUCUCGGAGUUGUUAUUUAAGUCAUAAUCACUAGAAAUAGUCUUUGGAAUUUUACAAAAAUGAGUGAUCAAGUUGGUCCAUUGAUGGAGGGUUCGGAUAGCACCGUCUCCAUAGAGAGAGCUCUUGAAUUAACAGGCUAUGGAAAAUACACAAUCUUAUUAACUUUAGCUUGUGGUCUUUGCUUAUGCGGUGCAACAGCGGAGAUUUACACAAUUGGAUUUGUACUCCCCGCCGCAGAAUGCGAUUUAAAUUUGGAUACAAGCUCAAAAUCGCUUUUAGCCGGUGCUUGUUUAAUCGGGAUGAUAAUCGGAGCGAAUAUUUGGGGAUUUCUAUCCGAUCGUUAUGGAAGAAAAAAAAUAAUCAUCUAUUCCGGAAGUGGGGGUGUUUUUUGUAGCAUCAUGGCGAUGUUAUCACACUCAUUUUGGGCUUUUACUAUAUUUAGAUGUCUCGUUGGAGCUUUUGUAACUGGAGCUUUAUCAACGAUUUUCGCAUACGCAGGCGAAUUUUUACCUCAAAAGUAUCGCUCGAAAUCAAUCGUAUUUAUCGGAGUGUUACAAAAUUUUUAUUCGAUUUUUAUCCCAACUUUAGCGUGGAUCUUAUUACCCCUAGAUUAUUCAAUAACAAUUUUUAACUACAAAUUUAAUUCGUGGAGAAUCUUUUUGUUAUUAAACACUUUACCUUUACUUUUUGGGACUUUAUCGGUUUCUUUUUUCCCGGAAAGUCCGAAAUAUCUUUUAAGCACGGGCGAUUUAGAUUCGACGAUACAAGUUUUAAAAAAAAUUUAUCUUGGGAAUAACGGCAAAGAUGAUUAUAAAGUUAAAAAGAUUUUCGCGGAAGAAAACGAUGAUAAGAAGCUUACAAAUAAGUCGUUUUUGGUGGUUUUAACCGAACAAUUUUCGUGUUUGUUUAAAAAGAAAUACAUUUUUGAUGUUGUUUCGACGAGUUUCUUGCAAUUUUGUAAUUUCGCCGUUUCAAGCGGAUUAUUGAUUUGGUACGCCGAUAUUUUAAACAUUCAAAAUAACGAUGAUUCGAAUGUAACGGUUUGCGAAGCUAUUCAAAGUGGGAUAAAAAACGUUACGAUUAAUUGUAAUGAGGAGAAAAACGAAUUUAACACUUCGAUGUUUACCCAAAAUUUAUGGAUCGGGGUUAUGUACCUUUCAGGACAAUUAAUUAUUAUCCUCGCUUUAAAAUAUCUCCGAAAAACUUUUAUACAAGGUUUAUUUACAUUAACAGCAGGUAUUUGUGCGACAAUAAUGAUAUUCGUCACCUCACCAUUAUUAAUAAACAUCUUAUUCGUUUUAUUUUUGGUCCUUCCUGGAUUAUGUGUGGUGGUUGUAAGCGCAAUUAUGGUCGAUAUUUUCCCAACUCAUUUAAGAUCUUCAGCGGUGAGUUUUAGCUUAACGAUGGGAAGAAUAAGCAGUUUAAUUUCAACAUCCACAAUCGGUCAUAUAAUCCAAUUAAAUUGUUACAUCGCAUUCUCAAUUUACGCCACACUUUUAAUUUCCUCUUCAGUUGUAGCAACUUUAAUGCGAUCGAAAGAGAAAAGAAACUGUGAUAAAAACUUAAAAUAAAUUAUUUUUUUUUUAA